AUGGCUACCUACAGCCUGGCGAACGAGCGACUACGCGCCCUGGAAGACAUCGAAAGAGAAAUUGGAGCCAUUCUUCAGAAUGCAGGUACCGUGAUCUUGGAACUGUCCAAGGAAAAAACCAACGAGAGGCUCUUAGACCGACAGGCAGCGGCCUUCACCGCGUCGGUGCAGCACGUGGAGGCGGAGCUGUCGGCUCAGAUCCGCUAUCUCACUCAGGUGGCCACAGGGCAGCCCCACGAGGGCUCCAGCUACUCUUCGAGGAAGGACUGUCAAAUGGCCCUGAAGCGAGUGGACUAUGCUCGCCUCAAGCUCAGUGAGGUGGCCCGAACCUGUGAGCAGAUGCUGGAGAACUAG